AUUUCUAAUUUUAUUUCAGGCAAAUGGCAGAUUGACUGAUCAUAAUCACCACGACGACAUUUUACGUCGUACCUUGGAAGGCGAUAGAAGGGAUGAUUCAACUAGUUCCAAAUCAGAAUCCCAGCAUGAGAGUGCGAUGAAAGAUGAAUCUACAAAUACUACACUAGCACUUGGUGGACAAUCCAGCACUACGGCAAUGAGUUUGAGAGAUUCCGAAGGAAAAAUACAUCAGCCUGCUCAAUGGAAUCACAAGUAUGAUGCGGAAGAUAUCACUCUUUUCUUGGAUUCUAGCAUGCGGGAAGCUGAUACGAAGUGUCAUCAAUCGCUAGUACAAGUGCAGAAGGAGGAGGGGGAAGGGGAAGGCAGAGGGGGUGUAAUGCCUGUGAUGCCGGGUGCGUCAGUGCACGUCUACAGUAAGGAGGCUCUCGCAGCUGUGAUGCAACGCAACCGACAACUGAUGCAGACCGCGUUUCGUCAUUCACACAUCAACGGACACAAGGCGUUCUCCUGCGGCAUAUGCAACAAGUUCUUCAACCAGGGCAGCCACCUACAGCAGCACAUUCGCACGCACACGGGCGAACGGCCGUACGUGUGCGACGUGUGUCGAGGCACGUUCACACGCAUGAGCGACCUAAAGCGACACAUGCGAACGCACACGGGUGAGAAGCCCUACAAGUGUGCGGCGUGCGGCAACCAGUUCGGCGACGUGAGUCACUUGAAGUCGCACAUCAGGACUCAUACUGGCGAGAAGCCGUUCCAGUGCGCCGUGUGCAGCAAGCAGUUUGCGCGCCAAAGCAGUCUCAAGCGACACCUGCGCACGCAUCGCAAUGUCGACGUUGAAAUCAGUUAGUUCACCAGGAAAUGUGUUGACUUUCUGUGAUGUUCUGGUAAAUAUUCAUACAGAAUAUUGACAAAACAAUUUUGAGACAAUCUCGAAUUGUUGUGGUGAAUAGUGGUGACGUUUGUGCGACAAAGAAGUCACAAGCACAACCUACGCACGCAUUGAAAUGCGGACAUUGAAAUCAGUUAAUUCACUAAGGAACAAAUUGUCUUACUGUGUAAAUAUUCAUAGUUAAUGGAGAAGACUUGAUAUUUUCAAAAACAUUUUGAGACAAUCUCAAAUUGUUGUGGUAGAUAUUCAUAUUGAAUAGCACCACUUGAAAUUGUCAAAACCACUUUGACACAACCUAAAAUUGUUGUGGUGCAUAGUAACAUUGCCGUCUCUGUACUGAAUAGAGACGACAAUAGACUAUUAUAAUAGUGAUGUUGUGGUAAAUAUCUGUAUUGAAUGAAAACACUCGAUAUUUUCAAAUCCAAUUUUAAAAUUUCUAUAAUAUGUCAAGUAGUUUUCAUUCAACUAAGUAAAUUCAUUAUGAAGGAUAGUGCUGCAAAAUACAGGUGUUCAUCACUAAACUGCCUGGAAGAUGUAGAUGCUUCUAGACGGGCAGGGUGGGAGAGCCGGCUGGUGGAGGUGGCUAAGGCUAGCUUCACACUCAUUCGGUUC